AUGAGGAGGCGGGGAACAUGGGAGGCAGCAGCGCCUGUAGAAGACGCAGCAGAAGCAGAAACAGCAGCAGCAGCAGCAGCAGCAGCAGCAGCAGCAGCAGCAGCAGCAGCAGCAGCAGCAGCAGCAGCAGCAGCAGCAGCAGCAGCAGCAGCAGCAGCAGCAGCAGCAGCAGCAGCAGCAGCAGCAGCAGCAGCAGCAGCAGCAGCAGCAGCAGCAGCAGCAGCAGCAGCAGCAGCAGCAGCAGCAGCCGCAGUUUCCAUAGCAGCAGUGGCAGCAGGAGGAGGGGGGGUAAGUGGUGGCAGCGUCCGCAGCAGCUUGCAGCGAGAGAGCUCCAACUCCUGCAAGCCCACAAGCUUUCCGACGCAGUCAGGCAGCGAUCGGAGGUGCGGGAUGCUGGAUAUAAAGAGGCGUUUGAGCGAGGAGAGGUGGGCGAAGGAGUCUGGGAAAGUGCUGACAGCGAUCGCGCGCAGGUGGAGGGUUUCGAGGGACGAUAAGAGGCCGAUAGACGGCAUCAUCAUCACCAUCAUCGACCGCCCUGGAAAAAUAAUCGAGCUGGCCGCACGAAACUUCCAGUCUCGUCAGCCGCUGCAGGAGACUCACAGAAGCAGGCAGCUCGGGCAGGCACAGAGGCAGCGUGAGUUUCAGGCUGACCAGGCGGUGGCAGGCGGCGAAAAGGGCGGUAACGGCAGGCUCUGUUACUGUCGCGACGGCGUCGUCAGGGUAUUCAACGCGGAGUUCUCGCUGCCAGGAGCGCAGGUUCCUGUGGCGAUACAGCGACAUGUGCGUGAGGGAGCGCGCGCAUCCCGUGGCGAUGGAGUGAAGGAGAUCGUCUGUUAUGGCGUCUAG